ACUGUACUGAGUCAAGUUGAUUCUGAUUUAAUAACUGAAUAUUCUGUUUUUGAAACUCCAGUGUACCAAUUAAUUUUAAUGAUCAAGAUAAGUGUGCAUUUGUGGAAUAUUGGCCCAUUCCAGCUUGAGCUGCUCAUCAGUCUGAUUCUCCUCCUUAUGAUGCUCCACACAUUUCAACAGGAGCCAGAUCUGCAGGCAGGCCAGUCAGGCACAUGCACUCCGCAUCUAUGAAGCCAAGCUGUUGUACCAUGUGCAGAAUGAGGCCUGGCACUGUGUCCUACUGAAAUAUGCACAGACCUCCUGGGACAAGGUGUUGCUUGAUGGCAACCUAUGUCUCUAAAAUCCCAAUAUAUGCCUCCGCAUCGAUGGUACCUUCACACACACGUGCCAGUUGACCGUGUCUGUCAGUCCAUCUGAGCUGAGCUUGGGCCCAGAGACCUCAGCAUCUUUUCUGAUGUCAAUGUCUGGCCUCCUCCUUGCUUAAUAGAGUUUCAGGUUGGGUUUCUGGAUGCAGCAGUGGGCCGUGUAAAGUGACAAUGGUUUUCCAAAGUCCUCCGGAGUCCAUGUGGCUGUAGCCAUCAUGGUAGCAUGGCCGUUGAGAAAUAUUCUUUUGAUCUGACAGUUCUCUCAUGGCAACUGACACAUGGAAACGUCUCAGUCUUAUUUAACCUCUGUCUCAACUUUUGAGGUGCAGGCAUUCAAUUUAAAAUUUGUUUAGCCUACAUUUUUAAAAUGCAAUUGAGAGGGCCAGUGAAAACACUGAGAACCUUUUCUUUGUACUUUUGCCUGUUUAAUUAAGGUUCAAGAAAAUUAGCAAAUCAAUUUUUUUCCUGCAUUUUGAAAAAUGUCCAAACUUUGCUGGAAAUGGGGUUUGUAUGAAAAAAUCAUCUAAUUCAUCAAUGCAUUAAUUGAUACCAAUUUAUCAACCUGCUCAUACCAGACACUUCACUAGUUAUGAAUAAUGUAGAUUUUAUCUUAAAAGCAAAACUAACCUGCUAAACAUGCAUGUUGUUUUUUUAAUAAACUGGGAUUUACCGACAAUAACUAUGUAUUUAGUCCUGUCACUAAAAGGAAAACAUUAAAAUGACAGGUUGCUGAAUGGAGCCUGGUGGAAAGUUUUCAGAAACCUCAUGAAAAUGGAAUCUGGGGCCCCAGAAACGAAGAUUAAAAACAAGUGUGUUCCACUUGUUUUUGUCAAAAUGUGUCCUACAGGGGGCAGAACACACAUCUGCUGCACAGCAUCAGACGAAGAAGGAGCAAAGGCCACAGGCUCUGUGCGAAAACAGCUGCAGGAAAGGCACCGAGCCAGCUCAGCCCAGUCCAGACUACCAGCAAUGGGGAAGACUCUGAGAAUCCUCCUCUCUGCCUCAAAAUGUCCACCGUCCCGUUGCUGCUCGAGCUUCGUUUCCAGGAUGAGGUAUGUGAACAGGCUGAAGGAGGAUGAGGCUGCAUGUGUUGCGGCGCUGCAGUACAGUCGCGUUUUCCUCUUCCACCGUCUGUCUCCUCUGCUGCAACGCACCGAGAGAGGAACCUUCACCCCUGCAGCACUCAUCAGCUCAGAUGUGCAGUUGAUUCUGGAGAGACUCGGCUCGGACGGAUCUCUGCUGAAGGAUUCGGUUCUGAUCGGCUGUUCGGAACAGAAUCAGCCCCAGUUUUGUCUGGACGUUGGAGAACUGGACCAGGCAGCAGUAGAAAAAGCAUGUGAGGGAACCUUUAUGGACCUGAGGAGUAGCCAAGGUGAGGAACCACAGCUGGACCCUGAAGGGCCAGGCUCUACUGCGCUGGCAUCAAACCAACAGGUUCUGUAG